ACUUUUUAAAACUUCAUUUUUCCCCCAAACAUAUCCUUAAUACUAACGCGGUUCUUUCGUGAACCUUCUGUAUAACUCCUUGAACCUACAAAAUAUAUUUCCGUUCCAAACUCUCAAUUAAAAAAAAAAAAAAAAGCUUUUAAUUGGGAGCAGUUUCGCAUAUUCCUUAUUAACAAAUUGCAUUAAGUAAUCUCCCAAUUCAUAAACACUUUAUAAACUUCGCAUUUUCGCAAUUAGGUUAUCCACUGAUCGUGCUCUCUCACCAGAGAGCCCGAUCCACGCGGCGCAAAACCGAAUGCCGGAGACCGAACAAACGCCACAGGCGGCAGAAACCACCACCGCGCUCUUCGGAAAAUACGAAGUUGGAAAACUACUAGGAUGCGGCGCGUUUGCGAAAGUCUACCACGCGCGGAACACGGCGAAUGGACAGAGCGUUGCUGUGAAAGUAAUCAACAAGAAGAAAGUCACAGCGACGGGACUCGCCGGAAACGUGAAACGCGAAAUCUCUAUCAUGAGUCGACUCCGUCACCCACACAUCGUUAAACUCCAUGAAGUUCUCGCCACCAAAACGAAAAUCUAUUUCAUCAUGGAAUUCGCUAAAGGUGGUGAACUCUUCGCGAAAAUCGCUAAUAAAGGUCGAUUCAGCGAAGAUCUAUCACGUCGCUACUUUCAACAGCUCAUCUCCGCCGUCGGAUUUUGCCACUCUCGCGGCGUCUUCCAUCGUGAUCUGAAACCUGAAAAUCUCUUACUCGAUGAUAAGGGAAAUUUGAAGGUUUCGGAUUUUGGAUUGAGUGCAAUGAAAGAGCAAGUUCGGGUGGAUGGUAUGUUACACACGCUUUGUGGAACACCUGCUUACGUGGCACCUGAGAUUUUAGCGAAGAGAGGUUAUGAUGGUACUAAGGUGGAUAUUUGGUCAUGUGGUGUUAUUCUCUUUGUUCUUGUUGCUGGUUAUCUUCCAUAUAAUGAUCCAAAUUUGAUGGUGUUGUAUAGGAAGAUAUAUAGCGGAGAAUUUAAGUGUCCACGGUGGUUUUCACCGGAUCUACGACGGUUAUUAUCACGGUUGAUGGAUACGAAUCCUGAAACUAGGAUAACCGUUGAUGAGAUUUUAAGGGAUUCUUGGUUUAGAAAAGGGUAUAAGGCGGUGAAGUUUUAUGAAGAGGGUUUUGAUUUUGGGGUGAAGGUGAAUGGAGAGGAAGAGGAUAGAACUGUGAAUUUGAAUGCCUUUGAUUUGAUAUCGUUUUUUUCUUCAGGGUUGAAUCUUACAAGGUUGUUUGGGGAGGGUGAGGAGGGGGAGAGGUUUAUGUUGAGGGAGUUGCCGGAGAAGGUUGUUGAGAAGGCGGAGGCGGCGGCGAAAGCAGAGGGGCUAAUUGUGAGGAAAAAGAAAGAGGGUGGGGUGGAAAUUGAAGUGCAAAAUGGGGAUUUGGUGAUUGGUGUGGAGGUUUACAGGUUAACGGCUGAGCUGGUUGUGGUUGAUGUGAAGAGGUUUGGUGGAGAUAAGGUUGCUUUCGAGGAUGUUUGGAGUAAUAAAUUGAGGCCACAUUUCUGUGUUGCAACGACGUCGAAUCAGGACCAAACUCAGUCUCACGCAGUUUCUGCUGACUGAUAUUUGUGGCUAAGUUUUAUCAAAACAAAAAAAAUUAUCUGACUCAAUUAUUGGUGUCAAAAUUUUAAAAUAAAAAUGAAAAAAAGUUAUUGUCAAAUUUUGUUUUGUGAAAAUGUAUUUUGGAUAGUGGUAUAUUCUUUCUGUAUUAUAAUACAAAUAAAAAUAGAUUAAAAAAAGUAGAUGUACGUGACUAAAUUUUGAAUUACUUACAUUUAUUUUUUUUAGCUAUUUUUACUUAUAUUAUGAUAUAGUGAGUAUUGCCAUGGAACUUUGGUGUGACAUAGCUUGUAACUUCAAUUAUCUGGUGUAAAUAUUAAUAUGAUUUUGAUGCUUAGUGUUUACUGCAUAAUGUUGUCUUGAUGUCAGAAGUAACAUGUGUAAAUGGUGUUUGUAGUUUAUAUU